CGCCUAUCCCCAGCCGGGGGCACGCUCGACGGCGGCUCAGUCACGUCGCUGUGGCCGGCGGGGAGGGCACUCCUCGUCUCCCUGACUGCCCGCGCUGGCGAUGCUGGCCUCCGCGCAGGGAAGAUCCGCCCCGUCCCAGUCCUCCCCCGCUGCCGCGCCGGCUGUCACUCAGCACAAGCCUUGCUGCGGCCACGGCAAGAGCCGGGAGAGCGAGAAAAUGGCGGUCCCCCCUGCUUAUGCUGACUUAGGAAAAUCUGCCCGAGACAUCUUUACUAAAGGAUAUGGAUUUGGAUUGGUAAAGUUAGAUUUGAAAACAAAAUCUGAAAAUGGAUUGGAAUUUACAAGCUCAGGUUCAGCAAACACAGAAACAAGCAAAGUUACAGGAAGUCUGGAAACCAAAUACAGAUGGACAGAAUAUGGUUUGACUUUCACAGAGAAAUGGAAUACUGACAACACACUAGGGACAGAGAUAACUGUAGAAGAUCAGCUUGCACGUGGACUGAAGCUGACCUUUGACUCCUCAUUUUCUCCUAACACUGGAAAGAAGAAUGCUAAAGUUAAGUCUGGUUACAAGCGGGAACAUAUCAACUUGGGAUGCGACAUGGAUUUUGAUAUUGCAGGUCCAUCAAUACGUGGUGCCUUUGUCUUUGGCUAUGAAGGUUGGCUGGCUGGCUACCAAAUGACAUUUGAAACAGCUAAAUCCAGAAUAACUCAGAGCAAUUUCGCAGUAGGCUAUAAAACUGAUGAAUUUCAGCUUCACACCAAUGUGAAUGAUGGUACAGAAUUUGGUGGUUCUAUUUACCAGAAGGUGAACGAUCAAUUGGAAACUGCUGUCAAUCUUGCUUGGACUGCUGGAAAUAGCAACACUCGCUUUGGAAUAGCUGCCAAAUAUCAAAUUGACCCAGAUGCAUCUUUCUCUGCUAAAGUGAAUAAUUCCAGCCUGAUUGGUUUAGGAUAUACUCAGACUUUGAAGCCAGGUAUCAAACUGACAUUGUCCGCUUUGUUGGAUGGGAAGAACAUCAAUGCAGGUGGCCACAAACUAGGUCUAGGACUGGAAUUUGAAGCAUAAAAGAAGGAAUUGUAAAGUUGCUAAUUCUGAGAUGCUAUACGGCAUAGCUACCUUCUGAAUUUAGUGUAAUUUUCAAUGUUUUAUGUCUGGGAUGCAAUUAUUGCCAUGUGUCAGUCAUGUUGAACCUGGUUAAAGAUGGCACAGUUUCAAAACGUGUGUUUCCAGGAAAGGAUAAUAUGUUUUCUGUGGUUCCAGCCUUCUUGGGAGUGUUUACUGGAUGUAACUGUUAUAUUAAAGUCUGCUUCUAUCUUUUAUCCUUUUCAGAGGAUAACAGUUAGAUAGGUAGCUAGAUAACAGAUAGUUUUGAAGUUCAUGCUGUGAAAAUGUCAAUCCACUACAGGGCCCCGGAAAUGCACAAUUCUGACACUGAAAUAUCAGGCUUUUAUUUUGUGAUGGAGUAUGCAGAUUGGUUUGAAAAGGGACUACUUUGGCUGAUGCAUCAUACACUAUUUAAGUCUUACUUAGUUCUCUCUCUUACACCUUCAACUCUUUUUACACCAACAGCUUGUUCUUUGAGUGCUUUAGAGUGUUCAUUUUGUAUAACUUUGGCGUGUAGAAAGUUUGAUGUGAUUCAGCCAAUAAAUUUCACAUCCUGUGUUGUGGUUCCGUUCCCUUGUAAUAAUUAUGGAAAAGCUUGAACAGCACAGCCAUGAACAAGGAAGACUCUUUGUAAUUGUAAUCACGUAGUGAAAUUGCAUUAAACAAAAUGGACUUUGUUUUAUCUUUUUUUUUUAGCAGUAAUGGGUACAUUAUCAGUCUUCCUUUUUGUGUGUGUGGAACUAGAUCCCCCUUCCCACAUGCUUUACUGGACACCACUUAAAACUGAAAAACCAAAUUUGAAUAAAACAUUGAAACUUCA